GGAAGAAGCGUGUGAAGAAGUCUGAUACAAGCCAUUUCAUGUGUAACUUUCCAGCCUUUCUCCAUCCAUAUAUUGGCACAAUUACAGAUGUUGAGGAUGAUGGUAACUGUGGCUAUAGAUCCAUUGCUGCAUUAAUAGGGCAUUCCGCCGGUCAGGACGGUUGGCCUUGGGUUAGGGCUACAUUGAUACAAGAACUUGAGACCAAUGUGGUAAUGUAUAAUAGGAUGUGGGGCACAGAUGUUGUUUAUGGCUUACAUAAUCGUCUCACUCUUCCUAUUGGUGACCCGGCCACCCCUGACAAAUGGUUUCAACUGCCAGAGAUGGGAUACCUUGUUGCCACAAAGUACCAAUUGGUUCUCGUAUCCUUAUCCUCUAUGGGUUGUAACACAUACUUUCCACUGAUAGGAGCCGGCCCACGAGAUGAGCAUUCUGUUAUAGCUAUUGGACAUGUGAUAAAUCACUGGGUACAGCUCCAAUUAACUCCUGGACAUCCUAUGCCGACUAUUGCUCCCCAGUGGGAAUGGCACAGUGAUCUUGCCUCCAAAUACUGGCGCAACCUAUAUGGUCCACGUUUAGGCAUGUAUGAUGCACAAUUCCAAGCUUGGCUUGGUGCUUUUAGUGGUCAUGCGGACUAUGUGGACAUCACCACAGAUUGAAUGUUCUUGUAUUGUGUAAUAUUAAUUUGUAAACUCUCUGUAAUUUGGUAGAAUGUGGCCCUUAUCACAGGUUGUUGUUAAUGAUGAAAAUCUAGACAUCAUCGUAGAUUGGCAGGUUCAUGCGUGUACUUUUGGUAAUGUUAAUUUGAUGCACUUUUGGUAAUGUUAAUUUGAUGCACUUUUGGUAAUGUUAAUUUGAUGUACUUUUGGUAAUGUUAAUUUGAUGUACUCUUGUCAUUUUCAUUUUCAUUACCCUCCACCACCAACCCUGACAUUACUCUCAACCACCAGCCCCAACCACUCUUCUACCAUCCACCAGUACACCUUAAAUGUUUUGACCGCACGCCUGAGCUAUAAAUAUCUGUUGUGUCUUGCCUCUUCUUCUUACUCUUCAUUCCUCAUCUUCCUGUCUAUUGUGUCUUGCCUCUUCUUAUUACUCCUCUUUCUACACGAUGGAACAAGACCCAAAUCCAUUCCUCCGCCAUUGCAAAGGUCAAAGCAACAACUCUGGCAGCUCUCGUCCUCUCAUUCCUGGCCCGGCUGGCGCCAUCCAGGCUUCCAUGUAUGCCCGUAGAUCCACCCCUAACACACCACUCAUUCCGACCCAGGAAAUCGUGAGGCGUGUGCUAGAUCAUGGAUCAACCGAAACCGAUCCUGAUUUCAACUCACAUGCUUGGCUAUCAGCCCUGCAAGAGUGGGGAAUAGCCACUCCGCUGGGCUCUCUGACAGCGAACGUUGAGAGGGUGGAGAAUGUUGUUGCUGUUAUCAAAUCUUGCACUCCCAAUGGGUUUGGAGAUGCGAAAGUUACCCUCAAGGUAUGUCUUGUCCUUGCUUUUGUAAGGCCUUGCUUUUGGUCCCCCUUGACUAACCGUUCUAAUUUACUUCUCAAACGAUUUC